AUGUGCCACCCGUUGUUCGCCGGCUGGGACCACGCGGGCACGUUCGCGAGGCUGGUCGGGCAGGAUACGGCGAGGCUCCAGCAGCACCUGGGCCAUGAGCGGCUGGCACAGGGGCGCAGGGACCUCGCGGACCCAGAGGCCUGCGUGCACCAGCUGGCCGCGAUGCUGCUGCAGGCUCCGGGGGGCCUCUCAGGCCGCUCGGGCAGGCCCGCCGUGCAGCCGCAGGACGGGCUGAAGAGCGAGCUCGCGGAGCGGGCGGCGCGACUGGAGGUUCUGCUGGCGCUGCUCGCGGAGGUGGUGGCCCCGCAGGCCGUCGCAGCUGGGACGAGCUGCGCAGCAGUGGCAGACGCGAGGGGCUGUCCGUCCACCAGGAUCGGCUGGGUGGAGGCUGUGCUCGCAGCGCUCAAGCCCGCCACGGCGGGCAGAGCGGGCACGGCCUCGAAAGAGCCCCCGCUGCCGCUGCCCCGGGAGCGCUCCGCCUCUGCAUCCAGGGCAGUCGGCGUGCAGACCCUGCAGAUGCCGGCAGCGCAGACGCCCGCCGUGCGGCUGCGCGAGGCGAGCACCCAGGCUGGCGGCGUGUGGGCGACCAGAGUGGCGGCCACGCAGGCGCGCCUGUCGCCAGCGAGCGCCGCCGUUGGCUGCCAAGCUGGAGGCCGGGGUGAGGCGCAGGACGCGAGCACAGAGACAGAACCGACCACCGGCGAGGGCAUCCUCCGUCGACCAGCGAGCUCUGACGCGGCCGCGCAGGCUUCGCCCUCAUCGGCGCACACUGGAUCGCAGGCGUCCGCAGAGGCCGAGGCCGCUGGGACCCAGACGUCGGCCACCGCGUCGCAGCCGGCCUGGGCGCAGACGGACCCGCCGCCGGCCCUCGCGGAGUCGGCGGCGCAGACGGAGGCGGCGCAGCCGCCCAGGCCGGGCGGGCUCCGCGACAGGCGCCUCGGCGCGGAGGGCGCCGCGGCGCGCCUCGACGACGCCCUGGAGCGCCUGGCGCUCGAGCGCGAGGCCGCGGCGGCGCUCGAGGGCCGGCUCGGCGAGGCGGGCCGGAGCCUCCAGGGCCUGCGGCGCGAGAACGCGGGCCUGCGGCGGGCGGCGGCGGAGGCCGCGGAGGCCGCGAGGGCCGCGGCGGCGGCAGCGGAGCGGCCCCCAAGCGCCGAGGCGGCCACGCAGGCGGGCGUCCGCACGGCCUGCGCCGAGGUGCAGACCGAGCCGAACGUGUACAACUCGCACACGUGGCAGCAGCCGCGCCCCGAGCGCGGCGCCGGGGCGCCGCGCGGCCCUCUGGGCUCCCCCUGA